CUGGUGGCACCGCUCGGGGAAGGCGCUCCUCCUCGGGGCUGCCCUUUUCCUCCCUGCUGCAGCCGCCGGUGCGGCUCUAGCUGCCACUGGAUUAAAAAUAGCAUCUCUCCUGCUGCUGCUGGUGCUCCUCCUCCUCCUCCUCCCCCGCGGGCUCGGCCGGCAGCCUUCCCUUCCUAGCGACGUCUGCUGCUGCUGCCCUGUCCGGCCGGCGGCGGCGGCGGCGAGGAGCAUGGAGCGGGCCGCGCUCUUCGGGGACGGCCGGGAGCCGCAGAUGGCUGCGGGGGACCUGGGCGAGCUCUUGGUCCCCUACAUGCCCACUAUCCGGGUGCCCAAGACCGGCGACCGCGUCUACAAGACCGAGUGUGCCUUCUCCUACGACUCCCCAGAUUCUGAAGGAGGCCUCUAUGUGUGCAUGAACACUUUCCUGGGAUUUGGAAGGGAACACGUGGAAAGGCAUUACCGGAAGACGGGACAAUGCGUGUACAUGCAUUUGAAACGGCACAUGAAGGAGAAGGUAACAGGGGCAUCUGGUGGAGCUUUACCAAAAAGGAGAAACACCAAGCUAUUUUUAGAUCUAGAGUCCAAUGGUGAUUUAAGCAAUGAUGAUUAUGAAUAUGAGGAUGAAGCCAAACUUGUCAUAUUUCCAGAUCACUAUGAAAUCCCUUUGCCCAACAUAGAGGAGUUACCAGCAUUGGUUACAAUAGCUUGCGAUGCAGUCCUCAGUUCAAAAUCUCCUUACAGAAAGCAAGACCCUGACUCAUGGGAAGAGGAGUUGCAAGUCUCCAAAUACGCCAGCACUCUUGUACAGAUGGACAAUGGAGUCAGGAUUCCGCCUAGUGGCUGGAAAUGCUCAAAAUGUGACCUGCGGGAGAAUCUCUGGCUGAACCUUACGGAUGGGUCAGUAUUGUGCGGCAGGUGGUUCUUUGAUGGUAGCGGGGGAAAUGGACAUGCACUAGAACACUACAAGGAGAUGGGUUAUCCCUUAGCAGUGAAGCUUGGAACAAUCACUCCUGAUGGUGCUGAUGUCUAUUCCUUUGAUGAAGAGGAGGCAGUUUUGGACCCACACAUAGCCAAACACUUAGCUCAUUUCGGAAUUGAUAUGCUUCAGAUGCAUGUGACAGAAAACGGCCUAAGAGAUAAUGACAUAAAGCCCAGAGUCUCCGAAUGGGAGGUGAUCCAGGAAUCUGGCAUGAAGCUCAAGCCAAUGUAUGGUCCGGGAUACACUGGCAUGAAAAAUGUGAGCAACAGCUGCUAUGUCAGUACCGUCAUGCAGGCCAUAUUCAGCAUCCCCGAAUUUCAGAGAGCAUAUGUAGGGAACCUUCAAAGGAUAUUUGACUACUCCCCUCUGGAUCCAACACAAGAUUUCAACACACAGAUGGCUAAAUUGGGACAUGGCCUCCUUUCAGGCCAAUACUCUAGACCGCCAACGAAAUCUGAGCUCAUUGAACAGGUGAUGAAAGACGAACACAAGCCUCAGCACAAUGGUAUUUCUCCUCGAAUGUUCAAAGCUUUCGUAAGCAAAGGUCACCCUGAAUUCUCUUCCAACCGGCAGCAAGAUGCACAGGAAUUUUUCUUGCACCUUAUCAAUCUAAUAGAGAGGAACCGUAUCGGCUCAGAAAACCCCAGCGAUGUGUUCCGGUUCUUGGUAGAAGAGCGCAUACAGUGCUGCCAGUCCAGGAAAGUCCGAUACAUGGAAAGGGUGGACUAUCUCAUGCAGUUGCCUGUGGCAAUGGAGGCGGCGACAAACAAAGAUGAAUUGAUUGCCUACGAACUGAAGAGGAGAGAAGCUGAAAGUGCAAGGAGGCCCCCUCCAGAGCUUGUACGCGCCAAAAUCCCUUUUAGCGCCUGCCUACAGGCCUUUUCGGAACCAGAUAAUGUAGAAGACUUCUGGAGCAGUGCCCUUCAAGCCAAAUCAGCUGGCGUUAAAACUUCUCGCUUUGCUUCGUUUCCUGAGUACCUGGUGGUGCAGAUAAAGAAGUUUACUUUUGGCCUUGACUGGAUACCCAAAAAGCUUGAUGUUUCCAUAGACAUGCCUGACCUUCUGGACAUCAGUCACCUCCGUGCUACUGGCCUGCAAGCAGGCGAGGAGGAACUUCCAGACAUUGCUCCCCCCAUUAUCAUUCCUGAUGACCCCAAAGGUACUGCCUGCUACCGCGAGGAUCUCUACCUCCCCACCAUUCUCCACCACAACUCGCCAGACAUUGAUGAAUCCUCAGUGAUGCAGCUAGCAGAGAUGGGCUUUCCCCUGGAAGCGUGUCGGAAGGCCGUCUACUACACAGGCAACAUGGGUGCUGAGGUGGCUUUCAACUGGAUCAUUGCUCACAUGGAAGAGCCAGAUUUUGCAGAGCCCUUGGCCAUCCCUGGCUAUGGAGGAGCUGCUUUUCCUGGAGCAGGUGGCCCAGGGGCUGCUGGACUGGAUAACCAGCCUCCCGAAGAGAUGGUUGCCAUCAUUGCUUCUAUGGGCUUCCAGCGGAAUGUGGCUAUCCAGGCAUUACGGGCCACAAAUAAUAAUUUGGAGCAUGCGUUAGAAUGGAUCUUUAGUCACCCAGAGCUGGAGGAAGAAAACAAAACAGCUUCUGAUGCCAUGGACAUGCAGAACCAUGUGAAUGCCAACAUCCUUGCAGAAUCUGAUCCAGAGGGACCCAGGAUCAAAGAUGGAUCUGGACGAUAUGAGCUCUUUGGGUUCAUCAGCCACAUGGGAACAUCAACAAUGAGCGGUCAUUAUGUUUGCCAUCUCAAAAAGGAGGGAAGGUGGGUGAUUUACAACGACCUUAAAGUCUGUGCCUCUGAGCGACCACCCAGAGAGCUGGGGUAUAUUUACUUUUAUCGCAGGAUACCAACUUAGGCCUCAGUUUAUGUCUCUUGGCCUUAAGAAGCCAUAAGCCUUUUUAUUCUGCCAAAAUAAGAGAAAAAAGUUUUGAACAAGCAAAGCCUUUGGACUGUCAAAAAAAGCAAAAAGCAAAACAUUUGGGUACUAUUUAUAGCUUAAAUCAGGAUCUGUCAUUUGAUGCCGCCUUAAACUUUAGCGGAUAAUUUUCUGUUAGGUCAUGGUGCGCUACUGUAGGAUUUUUAAAUUUGUAUACCUUUUUUGCGGAGACCUUAAGACUGUUCUGAUCACUAGUGGCGUUCGCAACAAGCAUCCAGCGAACAUGAGGCUGUUCCCGAAUUCUGAAAUUCUCACUUCCUACCUUGCAACACAAUUUUGACCUUCAAAGACUCUUAUGGAAUUGAUGAUAGUAGCGAACUACUGCUUUUGACUCGAGAGUUCACCAGUGUCCCAGUCAGAAGUGAUUCAGUGUUCAGUGAAGGAUCUGUUUGCUGGCAUGAAAGGUUACUUAGCUUUGUUGUGUCUCUCUGUAUUAAACAAAAAACAAAAAAAACUGAAUAGAUCUACAUAUCGCAGAAUGUAACUGCUCAGAAUAGUUUGCCAAUUUCAGAAUCAAGGUUAAUUGGUGAUGCUAUGGGAGCUCAUGGUGCUGCCAAAUAGAAAAUCUGAAUGUUUGCUAAAAUAACAAUAAUAAUCAGUGCUUUACUUGGUUUAAACACAUAUCUUGAAUGUCUAUGUGCUGACCAAGCAAUUGCCGAUAAUGUGAGGGCUCCCUUCAUAAGUAAGGGCUCGUUUCAUUCAUUUCAAUGGAUCAGUGUGGGCAUUUGUAUGUGUCUGUGGAUCUGCUCCUCAAAUUGAGAGAAAUGCUCCCAUGCCCAAGAGUUCUGAGUGUGCAUUGGAACUAGUGUGGAGCUGUGGAUCGGAAACCUAGGGAUCCCUCCCACCUCCUUUUAGCCAUAGCUUGCAGAUAAGGGUUGGAGUACCCUGCACAUAUGAUGCUGAAAUGGUUUCCCUCCCUGGCAAACAUUCCCCUUCUGUUUUGUGAUAUAGGCGAGUCCUCACAGCAUGACUAGUACUUCUUGUGCCUUCUCCCCCUGCCUCUGCAGUCACAAAAACAUGGAACCCCUAAAGCUAGAAGACUCGCAACCUGAUGGGAGAAUUGUGUGAUGAGAGCAUGCUUUUGUUUGGGGUCAGGUGUCUAUCCCUCGCCACAGAAAGAGCCAUUUUUGACAGCACCCCCAUAAUGGCCAUAACCCAUCCCCUGGACCAGUCACACCUGGUUUCCCCCAUCCCUUUUAGUUUUACACUACUCAAGACUAUGUGGCUUAUGUUUCCCAGAAAGGAUUUUAUAAAGGAGACAGUGUCCCUUUAAAGAGAAGCUAGAAAAUUUAAUCUUCCCUAAGACACUCCAGACGAAAUUGAUUCUCUUGCACACAGGCGCACAAACGUGCUUUCUAGCAAAGGUUGUUGGCUUAAUUUAUUUUCUGAGUGGUGGAAAUUUGUCAGACUGCUGAUGAACUGGGUUUUUGUUUUGUUUUACUUGUUUUAAAAAUAGUUCUGUUCACUUCUCAGCAACUUGCAAAGGAGCAAUCAUCCUAUGUUCCCAGGCCACGUUUUCUAAAAGCCCCUUCCUUCCUGCCUUCCUUCCUGCCUUCCUUCCUUCAGCUCCCUGAACUUUUCCAGUGACUUCAUAAGGGUUUUAAUUUUAGUUUCAAUUGAUUCUGUAAAUUCAUGGACCUGAAACCCACCCACUACCCAAAAUUUUGGUUUUAGGGGAUUUGCAGUGGCAGAUAGCGACACUUGAUGAUGCAAGUUAAGCAACUCAGUUGCUAUAAUGGAAAUAAACAGAUGAACCUGUAUCAAACAUAGAUGUUCUUUGAUGAUAUGACAAGCUUUAUUUUGGGGGUAGGGUGCGGGGGGAUGCUACCACUUAAGACCUUAUGUCUUGGGUCAAGUUACUGAAAUCACCCAGCAAGCUAGGCAGAGAGAUGCAUGCCAGUCCAGCCAUUUUGUCAGUGGUGAAUCCAGAGAGCCUGAAUUUCCUAGGGCUUAUUUCUCGGUCCUUUCCCCCAACCCCCUGCUGCUCUCAGCACAGCUUCCAGGCAUGCUAGAAUGCUGUACUGUCUCGGUCUCUAGUCCGAUGCUAUCUUGUCGUCAUGGGCAGCCUAUGAAACUUGCCAGUUGACCUUUCUCUUGCUGAUGCCUGAGGUGUGCAUGGUUGUGAGGUUCAUUAGAAAAUGGCUCUCUUACAAGCCUACGUUGGCGGGCUCUCUGAGAACUGGAUUUCAAGCAAAGUGGCAGGACGGGUCACCCCAUUUUGAUGCCUUGUGUUUUUAUUUCAUUUGAUUUAAAUAAGGUACAGGAGUACCUGAGAAAAUGCAGCAAAGUGGCCUUGCUUUUACCUUCUAACCUAAAGGGCUAGUUAGAAACAGGUGAGGUUUGCUUAGCCUGCCUCCUCCAUUUAAGAGUAAACAGUGAGAACUCUGCAGUGUCUCUUCCUGAACUUGGGAACCUGUCAAGUUUCCCAGCAACCACCUCCACCGCUUCCUGUCAAACAACUUGCCUGUACAUGGACUCUGCUGUAAAAUGGGAAUGUUUGCAUGCAUGUACGAGAGCAAUUAAUGUUAUAAAGGCAAAUUCAAUUAAAGCAAACGGAAAGGGGUAAAAUCAGAUAGGUUGGAAACUAGGGCAGUGGUGUUUAAAAAGCUAGCUGGCUCUUAUCUAUCAAGUGUGGGCUCACUGCUUGGACUUCUGAGAUCCUUUUAGUGCAGACAGAGCAUCACACAACACUUGCACACGUGUGCAGCCUUGCCAAACAGCUUGAGAGCCUGCAGCAAUAAAGAAGGCAGGGCAGGGGGCGGGGGAAUGGAGCACUGAAUGAUCCUUGAAGGCUUUUUCAGAUGCCUUUUCUCCCCAAGCCCCCCAUCUCUCCUUCACACAGUCCUUUUGUAAUAGCCCCCCCGUUCUGAAUAAUGAGCGUAAUUGAAUGUGCAAUGGCUCAUAUAUCACCGUGGAGCCCGAAAUCUCUGAAUUCUAGUUACAGUCAAACCUUGUGUACCACUCAUCAGGGAUGUCUUUUGUAACCCCCUUUGGAACGAAAUAAGUUGUGCUUGUGUACAAUUCCCCACUUAUUUCAAUAGAGCUUGCUGAGAGGGAGGUCUUCACAGCUCCUUCCAUGAUCUAGGCCAAGGAUGGGGCGCAAAAGGCCCAUGGGCUGGAUCAGGUGCUGUUUGGCUUGCUGCUCUAUAAUAAUUACAGUGGAACAAAUUAACAUCAAAUGCAUGUCUUUUGAAGAUGGAGGGAAAACUUCCCUUUAAAACCCCUCCUCCUUUCCUACCCCACUGGCACUGUAAGGGCUGUGGCUUUAUCGUGGCAACCACUUUCCAGGAGUUGGGGCUAAUAUCAGUAUGCAGACAUCUGGCAUGAGAGCCUAGGACUUCCAGAUCACUUUGUACAUUCUUGAAUGUUUUCUCCCCCUUGGGAAAUGUGGAGAAUUUGCUGCAUGUGUUUGGGGUGGGGUGAGGUGGAUCUAUUUUGGAUUUGCGACUGUUGCUCGUUAUGUAAGAUUUGAUGUUCCACUCCCCAAAAUGGGGUCCCUUGUAGUCCACUCUUUAUGGACUGUAGUCCUCUCCGCUGUGUACAGCUGGUAAUGGCUGCUUUUCCAUUACCUCUGGGUGCCUCUGGGUACCAGUUGCGGGGGAGUAACAGCAGGAGAGAGGGCAUGCCCUCAACUCCUGCCUGUGGCUUCCAGCAGCAUCUGGUGGGCCACUGUGCAAAACGGGAUGCUGGACUAGAUGGGCCUUGGGCCUGAUCCAGCAGGGCUGUUCUUAUGUUCUGUUGCCCAUUAUGACUGCUGAGGCAUCAUAACAUAUUGAAAUAAUAUGGAAGUGGAUCUUAAGAAAUCCAUGGAUUGGCAAAUACUGUCUUCUAUUUGUUUGACGGUUUCAGAUCCCUGAUUGGAUGCUUGUGCUUUGAAAAAGGGGGAGAACUUUGGCUUCUGGGUGUCCAAACAAAUGGUUACGUCAAGCAAAUGCUAUAUAUUAUCUGAUACUGAGUCUGGGCCUAAUGUAUGCUUUGCUGACCCGGCAUUGCUUCAAAAUUCUCCCUUUCUACUUAGAAUCUUCACUGGAAUAAUUCUACACAAGUAUAAAAGUUUAGAGUAUGUGGUCAGACAUUAUAUUGAAAUAAAAAGUUUGAUCCUAAUCUCAUCAUAUCUGUUAACAAAGUCCUUUUUGAAGUCAGCACUUCCAAAACCAGGGCAUGAAAAACACUGAUGUUGCCCCGUUCCAGUCCCAUUGAAAUGAAUGGAGUGCUCCAGUUCAUUUCCGUGGAGCUUGUGUAGAAGUUUGUCCCACUGGAUGAUGCCCAAAGACUGAGGUACACUGGAAAAAGGAUCCUUUUUCAUUCCGGUCUUUCAUUAUGUUUGACAAUGGUUUAUUUUCAAAAUACAGAUUUGGCUAUAGUUUUUAAUUUUGUUACAAAAUGAAAUGAUUUUGCCUGAGAAUUGUGUUGACUUUAUCUGAAACAUGCACAUUGAGUAAGAAACCUUAAGUUUUUCCUUUUGAUUUUCACUAACCGUGGGAAGGAAACCAGGGGCUUUUCCAGAUGACCGUUUAUUCUAACAUGAACUUAACAUUUCUAUGAAAGAUUUCCCAUGUGAUCCAGAUGAUGUCAAGGGAUGUAGCACUAUUUUUUGGCAUCAUCUGCUGGACAUUUGCUGACAAUCCAUGAAAGAAGAACUGAAAACCCAUCCUUCUUCAAUACUAGUAUUGCAUUUUGAGUUCUCCUUUCACAGAUUGUCAGGAAUUAGCCAGCAGAUGGUGCUAAAAAUAGUGUGACGUCGCUUGAUGUCUGGAUCUCGUGGAAAAUUUCUCAUUUGUGUUCAUGUUGGAAUAAAUCGCUGUUUGGAAAAGCUACAGGUUUCCACCCUAAGGACUGCUGCCUAGUCAGUGUUCAAAAUGUGGAUAGCACCUGAGGUAAAGCUUUAUUGGAUGGAGCUGGUUUCUUCCUCCCAGUUUGUUUAUGUUCAUUGUAUGAAGUCUAAUGAAGUUACUCUUGUUUGCCAACAGUAUGACGAUAAUCAGUGAUACAUUUAAUCCUAUUUACCCUGAUGAUUUAUUCCAUUGUAAUGUUUGGCAUGCAUGUGCCAAUUGUUUGAAAUAUAGGGACAUAGGAAGCUGCCUUAUACAGAGUCAGACCAUGGUCCAUCUAGUUCAGUAUUGCCUACACAGACUGGCAGCAGUUUCUCCCAUGUUGCAGGUAGGAGUCUUUCUCGACACUAUCUUGGAGAUGCAGGGAGGGAACUUGGAACCUUCUGCAUGUAGGUUCUGUUCCAGAGUGGCCCCAUCCCCUAAAGGGACUCUGUUACAGCGCUUACACAUGUAGUCUCCCAUUCAAAUGGAAACCAGGGUUGACCCUGCUUACCAAAGGUGACAAUUCAUGCUUGCUACCACAGUAGAUGCUCCAAUGAGGAUCUUUUCUGGAGGGCAAGCCUAUGAAUGGAAUGCUACCUUCUUGUGUUGUGUUUGGGUCUGUCUCCAGAGAACUUCCAUGGAUAACUUCCUUUAGAGUAAUUUUUCAACACUGAAUGCACUGACAAGAUAACCUUAGAAAUGUGUGAUGUGCAGAGUAAAACCUGGGCUAGUUCAGAUGCUUUAAAACGCCCCAUGCAGGGUGGACCCAUGGAGGAAGAAACAUCCGGCCUAACAGGACUGCCAUGACAUACAUCACUUACUGCGAGCAACAAAUGAGUGUGUAGCUUGAAAGUGUGCUGCUUCACUGAUGCCAGUUCCCACAGGAGGGCAGCACUUUUACUGAUGGAUGCAGAGGAUUUUAAAGCAUCCCAAUGGAGCUCUUAUGUUGUGGGCUUGUAAGGCGAACAUGUUGAGUACCCACUCCAGUAUUUCAAAAGGCAUCCUCAGCUUAUACUCUUUCUUUUCUAUCCUUGCCGUUGUUUUUUUAGUGUUUUUCUGUAAAGUUUGAGUUCUGAGGCAUUAAAUGACUAUGCAAAAUCAUGGUGGAACUGGAUGUGCCUUUAAAAUUUCAUCUCUCUCACCCACACCUCUUUUUCCUGCUCCUCAAAUUGGAUUGGAUCGUCGUCCUGUCCUGUCGCUUGAGGUUGACUACUGUAUCUUGGAAGUGCUUGCCAUGUGAAUGAGUUUUGCACCAUUCAGAAUUGUUUGCUUGAAACACACUAUUCAUGUUUUGGAGAAGAUUUGCCUGCCAUGAGAAGGGAUAUGAAUGAGAUAUUGGUUGCAAGUGUUUUAAAUUAAAAAGAACCAAACAAACUUUCA